GAGAUAGAUCUGGUGCACAUGGAGGCACACACUCCUGAAGGCCAUUGUCAGUAUGUGACAUGCAGAGCUCAAGCCUGCUCUGAAUCCAGUAGGACAUAUCCAUUUUCUGGCUAUAUUGAGACCAAUUCGCUUGUGGUUCAAGAUGAAUAUGUGUUUGUUCAGGUGACGACCACUGGCAGAGCAAGCUAUUAUGUGUCCUAUCAAAGAGAAGCUUUUGUACGCAUUAAAAUCCCCAAAUACUCCCUGCCCAAGGACAUGCAUAUCGUGAGCACAGAUCAAGGUCAGGUUUUCACCGCCGUCCAGGAGUGGAACCAGAACGAUACCUACAACCUGUACAUAUCUGACACUCGUGGCAUAUACUUCACCUUGGCUGAGAACGUCUGGACUAGCCGCGGGCUCGGAGGCAACAGCAUGAUCGACCUUUACGAGGUAGCAGGGAUUGAAGGCAUGCUCAUCGCUAAUAGGAAGGUGGAGAACCAGGUGAAGACGUACAUUACGUACAACAAGGGCCGGGACUGGAGGCUUUUGCAGGCGCCCGCUACUGACCUGGCAGGAAAUCCUAUUCAUUGUGUGCUGCCGUUUUGCUCGCUGCACCUACAACUGCAGAUGUCAGAGAACCCGUACCUCGGCUCCAUCUCCACCAAGAGCUCGGCGCCGGGAGUCAUCGUGGCUACAGGAAAUAUUGGCUCUGAGCUGUCUUACAAUAAUGUGGCGAUGUUCAUUUCAUCAGAUGCGGGCAAUAACUGGAGACAGAUUUUUGAGGAAGAACACAACGUGUGUGUUUUGGACAAAGGUGGAGCUUUGGUUGCCGUGAAGCAGCCCACUGUGCCCACCAGACAUCUUUGGAUCAGCUUUGAUGAAGGUCGUCAGUGGACACGUCACAGUUUCUCAGCCAUGCCGCUGUUCGUCGACGGUGUUCUGGUGGAGGCAGGUGCAGAAAAUCAGAUCAUGACGUAAGUUUUUGGGCACUUCAGUCAUCGUUCUGAAUGGCAGCUUAUCAAAAUUGACUACAAAUCCAUAUUUACCAGAAGGUGCACAGAGGGGGACUACCAAACCUGGCACCUGCAUAACCAGGGUGAGCCGUGCAUAAUGGGUCAAAAGCAGAUCUACAUGAAGCGUCGUCCUGGAAACUACUGCAUGGUGGGAUGGGACAACUCCAGGAUCCUGUCUGCAGAGCCCUGCAUUUGCAGAGCGCACGACUUUGAAUGUGAUUAUGGUUUUGAGAGAAGAGGGGAUGGAAACUGUUUGCCUGCGUUUUGGUUCAACCCUUCCACGUUGUCUCGAAGCUGCAGCCAAGGGCAAAACUACCUCAACAGCACAGGGUAUCGUAAAGUGGUAGCGAAUAACUGCACGAAAGGAGUGAAGGAGAUGUACACGGCCAGGAAACAGCAGUGUCCGAAUCGCCCCCCGCGAGGUUUAGUCCUGACAACCCGUGACGACAAAUUCACAGCCAACAUGGGCAGCAAUGUGACCUUCCUGGUUCGCCUAGAGGAGGGCGACUCUAUGAGGACAAACAUUCAGCUGGACUUCGGGGACGGUACGGCCGUGUCCUACUCCAACCUGAGCUGGACGCAGGAGGGCAUCCGACACGUGUACCGCAGCGCCGGCAUCUUCAGAGUCACAGCGCUGGCGGAGAACAGCCUCGGGUUCGACACCUCAUCCCUCUACCUGCAUGUGACGUGCCCCGUGGAGCAUAUUCAGCUGCUGGCUCCGUAUGUGGUCAUUAAGAAUAAAGAGGUGAACCUAACAGCAGUGGUCUGGCCUUCUCAUUUCAGAACGCUCACCUAUUUCUGGUGGCUGGGGAACAACACGGAGCCCAUAAUUACGUUGGACAGCAGUAUUUCCCACACGUUCAGCACCGAGGGCAUGGUCACCGUCACUGUUCAGGUGUCAUCAGGAGACUCUAUACUGCAGGACACCAGAAACAUCGCCAUACAGGAAUUCUUCAAAUCGCUUCUUUUAUCUUUCUCUCCUAAUCUGGACGAGGCCAACCCCGACAUCCCGGAGUGGAGACAGGAUGUGGGUCGGGUAAUUAAGAAGGCUGUUCUCCAAGUCGCUGACAUCCCGGAAGAGCAGCUGCUGGUGGCCGUGUUUCCUGGCAUCCCGACAGCGGCCGAACUCUUCCUACUUCCUCCCAGGAACCAAUCGGAUGGCAGGAAACGGACAGAGGAGGAUCUGGAGCAGAUUUCAGAAAUCUUGGUCAACGCACUGAAUCAGAUCUCUGUGGAGUUCGAGUUGAAACCCGGCUCCCGGGUCAUCGUUUACAUCACGCAAUUAACUUUAGCUCCACUGGUCGACUCCAUCCCGAGACACAGCAGUUCUGCUAUGCUGAUGCUUCUGUCUGUGGUGUUUUUGGGUUUAGCUGUAUUUCUCAUCUACAAAUUUAAGAGAAAAAUCCCUUGGAUUAACAUCUACGCAGAGGUGAACCACGAGAAAGAGCAGGAGAUGAUCAGCACGGUGGGCCAGAAUGACGCCACGCCAAAAAUCACCCUGAGCGAGUUCUCUACCCAGAAAGAAUUGAUGGAAAAAGAGCUGGAGGCCCGUGCCAAACGCGGUGUGAUCAACACCUGCGAAAGCACAAGGGAGAUCCCGAACUGCACGAGUGUCUGAAAACGUCAAGAAAGAAGGCGGAGGCAUAUUGUAAUAAUGUGUACAGAGGUAUCACAAUUUUAAAGGGUGACAGUUUUCCUUUUUGCUUUUUUUGUAAUUUCAAAACACUGUCAUUGUUAAUAGUUUUCUAAGGAGCUCAGAUUUGCAUGGGUGUCUUGUUUGUUACGAUCUGUGUGGAAAAUAAGAAUAGAUUUAACUACUGAAAACAUGCCUGGUUGAGAAAUUAGGAUUAUUUACCAACAAUUCCAAAUAUUUUGUUCUGAAUAUUGCAGAACAGUAAAGCGUAAGGGAAAGUCGGGGGGGGAAAGCCACUUUUCCGAUGCAUUUUUUCUUAUUAAUAUAUUUGUCGGUUUAUCAGUUAGUUAGAGGGGAAAAAAGUGGCUUUUACUAUCAAAAAAAAAUUUUUUUUGUUUGGGUCAGAACUUAUUUAUGCCAAGUUCUUUUACCUGUUCGAACCGAUUUUUCACACAUUGUGAAGAGUGCAUUUAGUGACUAUAUUAACUUAAUUCUUAGGUUUUUAAUCUCUUCAGUAGGUCAUCUCAUUUUUAUAUUUGUCAUAACUUGAACCGAGGGAACAAAAAUUGCAGCUGAAGCAUGCAAAAAAAAAGCCAACAGUGUUUAUAUCCCUCUCUAUAUUACAGCUUUGCCUUCGCGUAAGCGAUCUUGCUCCGCAUUCUUCUAAAUUGGUGGUUGUUGAAACAUUUCGACUUUUAAUUACACAUUUAUCUCACUGAUCGAGCCGAAAAAGAUACGGACUAAAACGUGAAUGAAGUGAGAUACUUUUCCAGAAGCACUGUGAUAAAAUGUCAAUUUGAAGGCAAGCUUUUUGUACUUCUAUAAAACGAGAAUAUACGGUAACUAUCAAGAAUCACAUCUCUAUAGUAAAGCUUUUUUUGGAGCUCGAACUUAGAUAAAAUCCAUGAAAUAUCAAACGUUGAGAAUGUUUUGUGGAAUAAAUCUCUUGAUAUACAUCCAUGGAC